ACAACCACUACUUCAAUCAUCCGCUAUUACUGCUUUUGUUACGAAAGACAAAAAAAUAAAAAGCAAAAGUCAGCUCAAGCGAACAAGAGAUGGCUCGUACCAAGCAAACCGCUCGUAAGUCCACCGGAGGAAAAGCUCCAAGGAAGCAACUUGCUACUAAGGCUGCUCGUAAAUCAGCACCAACCACUGGUGGAGUCAAGAAGCCACAUCGUUACCGUCCUGGAACCGUCGCUCUCCGUGAAAUUCGUAAGUACCAGAAGAGUACUGAGUUGCUGAUAAGGAAGCUGCCAUUUCAGAGGCUAGUCCGUGAGAUUGCUCAAGAUUUCAAGACUGAUUUGCGUUUCCAGAGCCAUGCUGUCUUAGCUCUCCAGGAAGCUGCUGAAGCAUAUCUUGUUGGUCUCUUUGAAGACACUAACCUUUGUGCCAUUCAUGCCAAGCGUGUCACUAUCAUGCCUAAGGAUAUUCAGCUCGCUCGUCGUAUCAGAGGUGAACGCGCUUAAGCCAACCAAAAGACCGAGAUUUGGUUCAAGAUUGGUCAACUAGUUUUUUUUUUUUUUUUUUCGUUUAUGAAAGCAAGAUCUUAAUUGCUGUGUUUUUAAAUCUCUGGGUAUGUAGUAGUAAGAAGUCUGCAAUCUAAGAAUGUUAUGUUCUUGAAGCUUAUUAUGUGUGUUGCAAAACUCUUUGACUCUUUGUUAAAUUCUUAUGUUUCCUUAACUCGUUUGUUUGUCACCAUUGCUUUCUCUUCAAAGGUCUUUUAAUGGCUGAUUUUUUUCUACAAUUGUGGAUUUGUUGAAUUCUUUUAAAAGAAUUAGAUUUGAGACUUGACCAAAGAAAUUAAUAAUAUCAGA